GUGGCAACCAUGCACAACACAACCAAUGCACCACCAGCUCAGCACCAACACAACCAACCCACCUCCAUUUUUACACACCAGAGAGAGAGAGAUAGAUAGAUAGAGAGAGAGAGAGAGAGAGAGAGAGUUAGAGAGAAGAUGAGGAAGACUAACCAGAGCAAGAGAAGAAUCAAUGGAGGCAAAGCAGCAAAAAUCGAAGAGAAGGGUUUUGGAAAAUGGGAAAGCCUCGACAAAAAACUCAUGCUUGACAUCUUCAACAGAUUGGAACCAGCGUUUUUGUUGACAACCGUUGCUUGGGUGUGCCGAUCAUGGGGACGUGCGUGCUACGAUCGAUUCUUCGCCGAAAAAGGAGAGCAGAACACCCUCAAUCUCCGCGCCCUCCAUAGCAUGUCCUUCUGGAAUAUUCGUAUAAAUUUCACGAAAUUGCUUCGUGGUGUCAUGGAUGUCUAUGCAUGUGACAAUGAUGAUGAUGAUGAUUAUGAAGAUGGUGGUGUUAGGGUUAGGGUUACCCCAAUUACCAAAAUCAUGUUUCCAUGGGAGUUUGUUACAGUCACUGAUGAUCACCUUGUCUAUGCUGCAAAAAGGAUGUGUUAUUUCGAAGAAAGGAAUAACAUUCAUGACCCCAUGAUCGGAAAAUACAAGCAAUGGUCGAUAACAAGAAAGCUGAUUCCUAGAAAGUGAAGAUCUACAUUAAGAGAUCUCUCUUAUACCAAUCUCAGUCUCACUUGCACUGCUCCUACCUCCAAUUUUUAUUCUCUUGCUUUGAUGGUAUGACCUCGUGUUGGUUGGAAUGAUUUGUGAAAUAUUGGCGAUGCAUCAAGAUGAGGAAGGGGAGUUUUUUCAAGACGUGACAGCUCAGAGCAAGGGUAGUACUGGUAAGGAGAUAUGAAAACAAAUAUGCUUGUUAUGUGUUUCUGGAAGUUCAGACUAAACACCAAAGGAGGUAUAUUUUAAUUUCAGAAAAAUGGAAAAUAUGGUUUAAAAAUCUUGCACUGGAUUUCUUCCAAUACCAUUUCAAACUCAUCCAUUUUCUUGUUAGGUAAAAUUUUCUGGUUUCGUACUGACACUUAGAUGUAAGAAAGGAUGAAUGAUUGUUUUCAAUGGCCUGAAUUUUGAUGGAUUGACAAAAAAUUGAUCAUCCAAAUGAGUCAGGUUUGAGCCCAAAUUAUCCUAUUAUGAAAGAAGAUUAAUUAGCUUAAAUUAAUGACUUCAAACCAAGGGGCUUUAGCCUAGUUGGCUAGCCCUUUGGCCACCAAAGUCUCUCCUAAGGGGGAGGUCUUGGGUUCCACUCCUAGGAGCGGAAUGGGAGGGCAAGAUUUUCUUGCAAGAUGCAUGGAUGUAAGUUUCAACUCCCCCAAGCUACUAAUCUAACAACUAACCACCGACAUUCGCCGAUCAAAAAAAAAUAAUUAAUGACUUCAAGUUCAAGAAGGACCUGAAGAAGAAUGAAAAAACUACUCAUAUUUGCCACCCUUUGGGUGUCAAUCAAAAUCUUUGGGGAUUUUCGUUAAGAAACAAACAGAGAAUCUUUUCUUUUCUUUUCUUUUUCUUUCUUGUUUUGAUCAGCAACAGAAGUAAAUUCAUUAAUAAAUAAAAAGAAAACAAGAAGAGGACAAGUUGCCCUCUUUGAUGAUUUAUCAUUAUUAUUGAGCAAAAUGCUUAGUAUUUUCUUUUGUCAUUAAUUCUGUAUUAGUGGUUACUCUAUGGAAGUAACAAGUCGGCAUUUAAAAAUAGAAAACAGCAUUCAACUUAUGGAGUUAAAAGGAAUCCUCAAAAACUUUCCUUAAAAACACAGGAGGUCUUGAGGCUUCUCUGAUAUUUACAUUUACUCUGCUCUUUAUUGUGUCUAUAUGUCAUAUCAGGUAAUCUAGUAAUAUGCACCUUCAUAUAAUAUAAUUUAACGCUCUCCAUUUGUUUGACUGAAAUCAAUUCCUGACA